AUGAUGGAGUUGAGGCCCAAGGAGCAGAUCAGCGCGCAGAGGAGGACGGAGAGGACCAUCACCACGUUGGCGUCGAACGUGCUGUCCGUCGGCGUGCUGUUGUACGGCUCCGCCGCGGCGGCGGCCGGCGGCGGGGAGGAGUGGAGGAGCCUUCUUGCGAUGGUGAAUUGGAGGGUGGAAGCCAUGGUUGGUUGA